AUGUACUUCUUUCUUAAACACUUGUCCUUCUUAGACCUCUGCUAUGUCUUGGUCAUCCUUCCAAAGGCCAUUGUAGACAACUUGAUGAACAGUAGCUCCAUCUCUCUCUGGGGAUGCAUCCUUCAGGUCUUCCUUGUGGUUUCUUUGGCCUGCACAGAGAUGGCUUUGCUUACGGUGAUGUCCUAUGAUCGCUAUGUGGCCGUCUGCUACCCUUUGCACUAUGAGGUCAUCAUGAAGAGGGCUACCUGCAUCAAGAUGGCCACUUCUUCCUGGCUCAGUGGAGGAGUGUCUGGAAUCCUGCACACAGUUACAACCUUCUCUUUGCCCAUAAAGACAUCUGUUCUGGUGCAUCAAUUCUUCUGCGAAAUCCCUCAGUUACUCAGACUCUCUUGCUCAAAUGAGUACUUGGCUGAAGUAGGAGCAGUUGCUAUCACCUCCUUACUGAGCUUUGUUUGCUUUAUCUUCAUUGCUCAGUCAUAUAUACACAUCUUCUCUACAGUCCUAAAUAUCUCAUCUACUGUAGGUCAGUCCAAAGCCUUCUCCACCUGUAUUCCUCACCUGGCUGUCGUGACUGUUUUUCUUGGUGCUGCUGCAAUGGCCUACUUGAAGCCAGCUGAAGAUAUUCCCUCUGUUUUUGAUCUAGUGGUAUCUGUGUUCUAUACAGUAGUUCCCCCAACCCUGAACCCUAUUAUCUACAGCCUAAGAAACAAGGAUAUAAAGGCUGCCAUGCUAAAAUAUUUUAAGAUUAUAUAUUUUGGUUCUGCCACCUGCUGA